CAAACAAAAACAAACAAAUUAAGCUCUCUUAUUGUAUUAAUCAACAUGCCCGCCAUUCAGAAUUUCAUCAAGCACUUUUCUUUUUCUUCUUCACUUCUCCCAACAACACUUGUUCUGCUUCUUCUUCUAUCGCUCAACUCUCAUUUUGUUCAUGUACACUCACGUUCACCCUUUGCGUGCGACCCUCGAAAUGGGUUGACGAGGAGUCUGAAGUUCUGUCGGGUAUCGGUCCAGAUACACGUGAGAGUGAGGGACUUGAUCGGCCGGUUGACAUUGCAGGAGAAGAUCAGGCUGCUUGUGAACAAUGCAGCGGCUGUGCCGAGACUUGGAAUUCAAGGAUACGAGUGGUGGUCCGAGGCCCUUCAUGGCGUGUCAAAUGUGGGUCCGGGGACUAAAUUCGGUGGGGCCUUCCCGAGGGCCACUAGCUUCCCUCAAGUCAUCACCACCGCUGCUUCUUUCAAUCAAUCAAUGUGGGAGGAAAUCGGACGGGUGGUGUCUGAUGAAGCAAGAGCAAUGUACAAUGGAGGAAUGGCCGGUUUGACAUAUUGGAGUCCGAAUGUGAACAUAUUUCGGGACCCCAGAUGGGGAAGAGGGCAAGAGACUCCUGGUGAGGAUCCUGUUUUGGCUGGAAAAUAUGCAGCCAGUUAUGUCAGAGGACUGCAAGGUAACGCUGCGGGAAAUAGGCUUAAAGUUGCUGCAUGUUGUAAACAUUACACAGCCUAUGAUCUUGAUAACUGGAAUGGCGUCGAUCGCUAUCAUUUUAAUGCUAGGGUGAGCAAGCAGGAUUUAGAAGACACCUAUGAUGUGCCAUUCAAGUCAUGUGUUGUAGAAGGAAAAGUUGCUAGUGUUAUGUGCUCUUAUAAUCAAGUCAAUGGAAAGCCGACUUGUGCUGAUCCUGAUAUUCUCAAGAACACAAUCCGUGGCCAAUGGAAGCUUAAUGGAUACAUUGUCUCAGAUUGUGACUCUGUUGGAGUUCUAUAUGAUACUCAGCACUAUACCGACACACCAGAAGAAGCAGCUGCAUUUACUAUCAAAGCAGGCUUAGAUUUGGAUUGUGGGCCUUUCCUGGCACUCCACACAGAGGGGGCUGUAAAGAGAGGAUUGCUAAAGGAGGAAGAUGUUAACCUGGCUUUAGCCAACACAAUAACGGUCCAAAUGAGACUGGGCAUGUUCGACGGCGAGCCGUCAGCCCAACCAUUUGGAAAACUGGGCCCAAGAGAUGUUUGCACUCCAGCCCACCAAUUCCUCGCUCUCCAGGCCGCACGACAAGGCAUUGUUCUGUUGAAGAACUCUAGGCCAACUUUACCACUCUCCACUCGGCGUCAUCGUACUGUAGCAGUCAUCGGACCCAACUCUGAUGCUACAAUAACUAUGAUUGGCAAUUAUGCAGGUGUUGCAUGUGGUUAUACCAGUCCUGUGCAGGGGAUUGCAAGAUAUGUGAAGACCAUUCACCUAGAAGGGUGCUUAGGCGUUGCUUGCAGAGGGAACCAACAAUUUAGAGCCGCCGAGGCAGCAGCCCGCCAGGCCGAUGCAACAGUCUUGGUAAUGGGCCUGGACCAAUCCAUAGAGGCAGAAUUUAAGGACAGGGCCGGACUGCUCUUGCCUGGACUGCAACAGGAGCUUGUAACCAGAGUGUCAAGGGCCUCAAGAGGUCCUACAAUUUUGGUCUUGAUGAGUGGUGGCCCCAUUGAUGUCACAUUUGCUAAAAAUGAUCCUCGUAUCAGUGCCAUUUUGUGGGUUGGUUAUCCUGGCCAAGCUGGUGGUACUGCCAUUGCUGAUGUUCUGUUUGGAACAACUAAUCCAGGAGGAAAGCUGCCAAUGACAUGGUAUCCACAGAACUAUUUAGCUAAGGUCCCCAUGACAGAUAUGGGCAUGAGAGCAAACCCAUCAAGAGGCUAUCCUGGAAGGACUUAUCGAUUCUAUAAGGGCAAUGUUGUGUUCCCAUUUGGUCAUGGAAUGAGCUACACUAAAUUUGCUCACAAUUUAGCCAUUGCUCCAAAAGAAGUGUCAAUUCCUCUUGCACCAAGUCUCUAUGCCAUCAAAAACUCCAGCGUCUCAAGCAAUGCCAUCAGGGUCAAACAUACAAAUUGCAAUAAACUCUCAUUAGGUUUCCAUGUCGAUGUUAAAAACACCGGCUCCAUGGAUGGGACACAUACCCUUCUUGUUUUCUCGACGCCACCGGCUGGAAAAUGGUCUGCAAGUAAGCAACUGAUAGGCUUUGAGAAAAUCCAUAUUGCAGCUGGAUCACAACAUAGUGUUAAGAUUAAUGUUGAUGUGUGCAAACACCUAAGUGUUGCUGAUCAAUUCGGAAUUCGAAGAAUUCCCAUGGGUGAACAUAAUCUUCACAUUGGAGAUCUCAAGCAUUCAAUCUCGCUUCAAGCAACUUUACAGGAGAUCAGAACUUAGUAAUUCUUUAAAAAUUAACAGGAAAAAGCUGUCAAAUGGUAUUAAUAGAUAUACGGUCUAGCUUGCUAGUCUUCUUUCAUCACUGCAAAAGCAAGAGGAAGAAGAUCAUAAUACACUAGCACUAUCUUAAGUCAACAAUACUAGUAUUAAAAUGUCAUUAAAGGGUUUUUACACAAUAGGGUAUUGAAUUCCAUUCCAUUUUCUUUGCUUCAAUGUAGCAGCAGCAGAUCAAGUUUUGCUGCUACCUGUUUACUGUAACAUGUGCUCCAAAAGUACAAGGAGGAGCCAUUAUUGAAAGAAAUAGAAUGAUGUUUUUAUCCA